UGCUGGGUGGCGGUGAGGUUAAACGCCGGUUCUUGGACCGGGGACAGUUGGAAUUUCUGCCUCAUAUUGACUUGCGGAUGGAGCCGGAAAUGGUCAGAGUUCCGCGUGCCACCGCUUGCCUCCACCUCCCUCUUUAAAAACGAGGCAGUUCGCAACAAUCAUGAAGCAUUCUUCCACUUCGCAUAGAUCUGAUCGGGGAACUACACCGCGCUUUCGAGGAAAAAUGAGCAAAGAAAAUGGUACAGCUUCAACAGAGAGACGCCCAGUUCCACGGCUGAAUGAAAGGAUUCUGUCGUCACUGUCGAAGAGAUCAGUAGCGGCACAUCCUUGGCAUGAUCUUGAAAUAGGGCCUGAAGCUCCGGCUGUGUUCAAUGUAGUUGUAGAGAUCACAAAAGGGAGUAAAGUUAAAUACGAGCUCGACAAGAAGACAGGAUUGAUCAAGGUUGAUAGGAUCUUGUACUCAUCAGUGGUCUAUCCUCAUAAUUACGGUUUCAUUCCUCGCACACUUUGCGAAGACAAUGAUCCCAUGGAUGUUCUAGUCCUCAUGCAGGAGCCAGUGAUUCCGGGGUGCUUCCUGCGUGCCAGGGCUAUUGGACUUAUGCCUAUGAUCGAUCAGGGAGAGAAAGAUGACAAGAUCAUCGCAGUUUGUGCCGACGAUCCCGAGUACCGUCACUACAAUGACCUCAGCGAGCUGCCUCCUCAUCGUCUUGCUGAGAUCCGCCGCUUCUUCGAAGAUUAUAAGAAAAACGAGAACAAAGAGGUCGCCGUUAAUGAGUUCUUGUCUACGACAGCUGCUCGUGAAGCCAUCCAAUACUCCAUGGAUCUGUACGCGGAAUACAUCUUGCAGAGCUUGAGGCGGUAGAAGACUGGAAACGGUUGUUAUCGGUCAAGCGGAGCGUCAAGAUUCGUGCUGUUGUAUUUGUUUCAUUCAGACUUUAUGAUAUGCAUGUCAAAAGACCAUAAUAUUAUCAAUUAAUUAACAAAGACCCACUCGAAUUACAGAA